GAAGAAUUUAUUCAACAAGAAUUUAUUAUGUGUGGAGUUCCUUCUUAAAAGAAGAAAAAAUUGAUUGUUGAGACUAUGGAUCGGAGCAAACGGAAUUCAAUUGCAGGAUUUCCUCCACGUGUGGAACGUCUUGAAGAUUUCGAAGGAGGUGGUGGAGGAGAUGGGAAUCUGACCCAGAUGGGAAGAGUUUGGCCAUCUUCCUAUCGAGCCCUUAUAAGUGCCUUUUCCAGACUCACACGAUUAGAUGACUUCACAUGUGAAAAAAUAGGGUCUGGCUUCUUCUCUGAAGUGUUCAAGGUGUGCCACCGAACUUCGGGUCAGGUGAUGGCUCUUAAAAUGAACACACUGAACAGUAACCGGGCAAACAUGCUGAAAGAAGUACAGCUCAUGAAUAGACUCUCCCAUCCUAACAUCCUGAGGGUUGUUGCUGGGGCUCAGUGCCUGCAUCACAAAUUUACUGCUUCUGGCAGCUGUCUUUUUCCCUUUGUUGCUGAUGGAUAGGACAGAGAGAAAUCAAGAGAGGAGGGGAAG